CGAGAUCUAAUUGGCUCCUGUCUGCGUAUACGUCACGAUCAUGAUUAGAAUUGAUGAUCGGACGUUCUGAUUUCAUUGUCUGGCUAAAAGGGGACUGCUGAAGAAAUCUGAUGAAUUCGAGCAGUCGUUUGAUUUGACGACAAAAAAAACAGAACCUCAGGGAGACAAAGACGCCGGAACCAUGUCACAGCCUCUGCACCCUGCAGCCCAGGAGACUGAGCUAGCAUGACCAGUACUGCAGCCAGACCACCAUAACCCCCAGACAGACGGACGCACAGAGGUAUCUGCUGUCUGGCCCUGCUGUCUAGACCUCACCCCGGUCUGGCCCUGCUGCCUAGACCUCACCCCGGUCUGGCCCUGCUGCCUAGACCUCACCCCGGCCUGGCCCUGCUGCCCAGACUUCACCCCGGCCUGGCCCUGCUGCCUAGACCUCACCCCGGCCCGGCCCUGCUGCCUAUACCUCACCCCCCGGCCCGGCCCUGCUGCCUAGACCUCACCCCGGCCCGGCCCUGCUGCCUAGACCUCACCCCGGCCCGGCCCUGCUGCCUAGAAUUCACCCCGGCCCGGCCCUGCUGCCUAGACCUCACCCCGGCCCGGCCCUGCUGCCUAGACCACACCCCGGCCCGGCUGCCUAGACCACACCCCGGUCUGGCCCGGCUGCCUAGACCACACCCCGGUCUGGCCCUGCUCGUGGUUCUGCUGUAUGGCUGAUCUGCCCCCCUGCAGUAGCAGCAGUAUGGAGGAAUGGCAGGAGAAACGAGGCCUGCAGACGAUGAACCUGCGGUCUGUGUUCACAUUGGAGCAGCAGCGAGUCCUGGAGAGCUACUAUGACAACGGGAUGACCAAUCAGAGCAAGAGCUGCUUCCAGCUGAUCCUUCAGUGUGCUCAGGAGACCAAGCUGGACUUCAGUGUGGUGCGGACCUGGGUGGGGAACAAGAGACGGAAGCUGGCCUCGAGGAAUGACCAGAAUGCGGGCGUAUCCCACUCCUUAUCGAAUCACAGCAUGGUUGGGGGAGCUCUGUCCAAUCACGGCGUGGCUGGGGUAGCUCUGUCCAAUCACACACUAGCAGGCGGGGCUUUAGUCGCGGGCGCCAUGCUGACAGCAGAGAUGGCGGCGGCUCGGAACAUCCAGAGAGGCUCCUCCCAUCUCCUCCCUUCCUCCUCCUCCUCUUCUUCUUCCUCUCCGCUUAGCUCUGUCAACAACAACAAUGAUGUCAUCUUGACUGGGAUUUACUCUCUAGGCUCCGCCUCUAGUUCCCGGCCCACUGUUAAGCCCCUCCCUUCUGACUCUGAGCUGCCUGCACAUGUCCAUCAAACUCUGCUUAACCAAUCACAGCACAGGAGUAACAGUUCUGUCUCCUCCCCUCUCCAGCUCCACUCCAGAUUGGGUACCUUGUCACUUCCUCACUAUAAAACCCCCUCCCUCUCCUCUUCCCCCUCCUUCUCCUCACCCCCCUCCUCCUCACCCCCCGGCCCCCCCAUAAACAGCAUGUCCAAGAGGGUGGGUUUCCCCACAAGUGGGGCCAGGUCCGGGGGGGCAGCAGGAGUGGCCGCGGUAGGAGGGGGGGUACCUCGGAGCUGGGCUAGACAGUAUGGUUCUCUCCAGUCUGGCCCCUGGCCCUCUCCCUCCCAGCCCCAGACCAGGCCUCAACCAACCACCAGACUCUCCCACCUCAUCCCCCAGGCCCCGUCCCUCCCCCCUCCUCACCCCAUCCCUCCCCCUUCAGACCACUCCCCCCGCAUUCAUCAGGUCUUCAGCCUAUCAGAGAGGGGGGAAGGGGAGGGAUUAGGACAAGGACAGCCUUCUGAUAGGAGCAGGCUGGAGAAACACAGACAGACUCCCCACCCCUCGGACACUAUUGGUUGCCUCUCUAUCGCCAUGGAGACGGGUGAUGAAGAGGAUGAGUGGCGGAGGGAGGAAGAGUUAUCCAACAUGGCAGCCACGGCCCAUGGGGACCUCCAGAGAGGCCAGGGGGUGAGGGACAGCCCCAGCAGGGGAGAGGGAUCUGGGGAGAGAGUCCUCACAUCCCCCUCACUGGUCCUCAGCAGCUCCAGGCCUGGUCCAUAUCCUCGGGACAGCUACCCAGUUACUACAACACUACAGACCUCCCCUAGUAUACAGGUUCCAGUCAGUCCCUCUGCUCCGUGGCUCAUCAGUAACUCCAGGAAGAGAACUCUACAGGACAGGACCCAGUUCAGUGAUGUGGACCUGGGCCAGUUGAAGCGGUACUGGGACCGAGGGAUGACCAGUCUGGGUUCUGUCUGCAGAGAGAAGAUCAACGCAGCAGCCAAUCAGCUCAACGUAGACACUGAGAUAGUCAAGACGUGGAUCGGGAACCGGAGGAGGAAGUACCGUCUGAUGGGCAUCGAGAUCCCGUCCCCUAAAUGUGGGCCGGCCGUGUUCCUGACAUCACAGGAAGGGGAGGAGUCUCCCUCUGCGCUGAGUUCCGAUGGGGAGGGGCUUGGAACACCAGAGUUGGGAGACAACCUAAACGAUGGAGCGUCCUUCUGUCUGUCCGAGGAUGGGACCAGUGAUUCGUACCAGAGAGAAGAAGAGAAUGGAGUAGAGGACAGCAGCAGCGCUCCCAUGGCUCACGACGUGAAGAUAGAGGUGAUUGAUGAUGAUGAUGAUGAUGAUGGUGUUGAGAUGGUCGGAUCUGAUAUGGAAAACAUGCAGAACCUCCUGGAGUUUAAGCUUGAGGAGGUGCAGUAUCUGGAGAGCCAACUAGAGAAUCAGAAUCAGAGAUAUUAUGAGUUGGAGACCUUCACCAAGAGUCUUCUGACUGCUGUAAGGACCAACAACCUGGACAGACAACAGGAACUUCUAGCCAGUCUACCUCAGCCUGCAGAUCAGGACUGGGACAUGAGUCCAGAGGGAGGAGCCAACCCCAUCUCCAUAACAACAAACUCUGCAUCCAAUCACGAGUCCCCGUUGGCCGGGAGCAAUGACGAGACACCAUUGGUCAACCCCAACAAGGGCCUCCCAUUGGUCACUAUAAACGAAGAUGGUUCAUUGAUUGCUGAGCUCAAUGAGUCGUCUGUAUCAGAGGAACUAGAGACUGAGACCGGACCAGAGUGACUGUACUGACACACACAAACACUCCACACCCUGUGCCUGUGGAAGGAUCCUAAACUAACUGUGCUGGGCUCACAAUGCCUUUUAUAUUACUUAUCACUACGCCUUGUCUGGUCUAGUAUCAGACACAACAAUAAACAGACUCCAUAAUAACUGA